CCUCGUAGGCAGCGGUAUAAAAGAUGUCUCACAGCCAUCGGCCCCCACACCGAGGUAUCGCGAGCAGUCAACCAACAUUCGCUGACGGGAUAAUUUUUCUGUGACAACUGAUACAGCACUGACAUCUUCACCAUGCCGAACAGAGAGCCAGCAGCCGAGCAACUCAACAGCUACAAAAAUGCCAACCCAAACCCCACAGUCAUGACCACAGGCACGGGAGCCCCUAUCGGCAUAAAGACCGCCUCCCUGACCGCCGGCCCCAGGGGUCCCAUGUUGAUGCAGGAUUUUGUCUACACGGACGAGAUGGCGCACUUCAACAGGGAGAGGAUCCCCGAGAGAGUGGUGCACGCCAAGGGCGCAGGGGCUUUCGGCUACUUUGAGGUGACCCAUGACAUCACCAAGUACUGCAAGGCCAGCGUCUUCCAGAAGGUGGGCAAGAAAACGCCGGUCGCCGUGAGGUUCUCCACUGUGGGACGCUGACAUGUUCUGGGACUUCAUCUCCCUCCGGCCGGAGACAACCCACCAGGUGUCCUUCCUCUUCUCUGACCGCGGCACCCCGGACGGCUACAGGCACAUGAACGGCUACGGGAGCCACACCUUCAAAAUGGUAAACGCCGGAGGCGACGGCUACUACUGUAAAUUCCACUUCAAGACUGACCAAGGCAUCAAGAACCUCAUGGCCGACCGGGCGGCUGAGCUCGCCGGAAGUGACCCCGACUACGCCAUCCGUGACCUCUACAACGCCAUCGCUAACGGAAGUCCCCCAUCCUGGUCGGUCUACGUACAAGUGUUGCCAGUGGCACAGGCCGAGAAAGCCUCUUGGAAUCCUUUCGACUUGACCAAGGUUUGGUCUCACGCCGACUUCCCGCUCAUCCCCGUGGGAAAGAUGGUGCUUGACAAGAACCCGGACAACUACUUCGCCCAGGUGGAGCAGAUCGCUUUCAGCCCCGCCCACAUGGUGCCGGGGAUCGAGGCCAGUCCCGACAAGAUGCUGCAGGGCCGGAUCUACUCCUACCCAGACACCCACCGCCACAGACUGGGCAGCAACUACCUGCAACUUCCGGUCAACUGCCCGUAUAACUCCAAGCUACAAAACUAUCAGAGAGAUGGACCCCAGUGUUUCAAUGACAACCAAGGCGGAGCGCCUAACUACUGGCCCAACAGCUUCAACGGCCCCAUAGAGCUGAGCAAGUUCCUGGAGUCGGCCAUCAACCUCAGCGGGACAGCUGACCGCUACGCCACUGCGGACGAGGACAAUUUCACUCAGACGGGAAUAUUUUACAACAAGACUCUGAAGCCCGAGGAGAGAGAGCGCCUUGUGGAGAACAUCGCCAACAACCUCAAAGACGCCCAAGAACCUAUCCAGAAGAGAGCCGUCAGUAACUUCGAGAAAGCAGACCAGGACUUUGGCAACAAGCUGCGGUUUGCCCUGGCGGCCAUCAAGAAAAAGACUGGCUUCCUCAACAACGGAACUGUGCAUUAGACGGGCAUGGGCGGUCACACAGCCAAGUACAACCACAGAGCUGCCUUAAUUCGCACACAGGGUUGUUGACAGAAUCAAAGUUUCCUGCAGCCAACUCUGUGAGUCGACGACUUCCUUCAUCCUAAGAAAAGGAAGACAACGGGGAAAAAAUAACUAAUAAUUCUUGUUUAUCAAACGAACACUACAAAUUGUAUGUCAUGUAUUCUCUUAAAAUUAAUUUUUUGUUGUCGUUGCUUCUUCGGACACACUCAUAAUUGUACAAUCAUUCAUGUAUGGAACUUUUUAACUCUAACAACAAAAAAGUUUGCUGUUAGCAGCUGCCAGGUUGCGUAAAAAAAGGCAAGCUUGCGCUUUCUUUUCCCAGAAGUUCGAUUUUUUAAAGUUCUAUAAUACCACAUUUAUUUGUAUCUAUGUUAAAUGUAUUCCGUCUUGAGUAUCUGGGAAAAUAAUUUCCAGGGCUCACUCUGUAUAAUAAAUAAUUAUAAUCAUUUAUUAACACGAUAGAGUUUGACGUGUUCAAUAGAGUUUUUAUAUUGAGCU